AUGGAUGUUGAAUGUGCUCUGUCACCCACGAUAGAAUUUCAAAGUCGAGAGCAUUUUUCCCAUUUUAGCCAUCCGCAUCCAUUGAUGCUCAUUGAUAUAAAGGACAGUGAUGGAGUUUACUGCUCUGCUUAUGAUAAAUGCCUUUCAGGCCAAGGAUUUGUCUGCAGCGAAUGCAGUUUUGUCCUCCACCAAUCCUGCUUUGAGUCACCACAGGAAAUCCGACACCAGACACCGGCAUCUCCUACACUUCUUGGAGAAUACGAAAUUGCGGUCGAGUGUAAUAGCUGUGAUAUCUCUUGCAACUCAUCCGUGUUUCGCUGCGUAGAUUGCAAUUUCAAUCUCCACUACACAUGUGGUCCAUUGCCUUAUAACAUCAAACCUGAAUGCCACAUAGAUCCCCUACUCCUCAGAGAUUCUCCUGUUGAAGAUGAUACAUAUGAUGAAUUUUACAGUGAUGAAUGUGAGAAAACAAGAGACCCACGGUUACCUGUUUACCACUGCAAGGAGUGCCACUACAUUGCUGCGAUUGAAUGUGUCAAGUCUGAGGUUAUGCUCACGCUAAAGGGAGGCUAUGGAGACGUGGAGUUGAGGAAUCCAGCAGGACGAAUCAAUGGCAAAGUUAUCACCAAUUUAGAGCUGACAGAGAUAGAGCCAGAAAAAGAGCAAAACAGCAACAAAGAAAGCGAUAUAACUGAGGCAGGAGAGACAUCAUCUGACGACCAUAUCGAAAGCAUUUGGGAGGAGCGACUCAGUGGUGUUUCACUAGCUCUCCGAACUUAUGCAAAUUUUAUGGAGAAGCUUGAUUCUGGUGAUCGAUGGUUUUGGGAGCCACUUUGGGAAGGUGAUGAUGUGGUUGUAGAAGUAGGGGACAAUAUGGUCACUCAAACUUUGGCCCCCAUUCUACAAGACCUCUGUGCCAAAUAUGGAGAUAUCAGUGCUGAGUCCACCUUAAGACAUCCUGUGAAGACAUAUCUUACUGUGAUGUUAUGUGGGACUCUGCAAAGCAUGCGCAACACCAGGAUUGUCGACAUCUCUGAAAAUCUAAUGAUCAUUUGGUGGACCCAUUUCAAAAUUUUGCAGUCUGCUGGAUUCAGAGUCCAGUUCAUCUUUGAUCAGCUGAAGAAAGUUGCUCGUGCCUACUUUGGUCUUCGGGUUAGAGAAAACCUAGACAAUGCUGCAGCAAAAUAUGAUAAGAAAAUCACAAAGAUUUCAACAGAUUUUGAGGAAUUAAGAAUCAAACUCGAGGAACUAAAGGGGAAACGUGAGUAUAUAGACUGUCUAGAAUCUUCAAAAAAACCCAGUUCGAUAGAGGACUGUUUGGAAGAAGCUGAGAAGCUAAAGUGGUGGCAUGCAAGUGCAGUUGAGUUGGCAGUAUUUGACCAUCCUAAAUCAGUUUGUUCUGCAUUUGACAUAUGUACUGCUAUGCCAGAAGUUCUGGAUAAUGUCAUGCAAGCAAGAUGGAAGGUGGUGUCCAGUGAUCCAAAACACUACUGCAGCAUGGAUGUUGAUUGUGCUCUGUUGCCGGCCAAGCAUUUGUCUGCAGGAAAUGUAAUUUUGUCCUCCAAAAAUCCUGCUUUGAGUCACCAUGAGAAAUUCAACAUGAGUUUCACCCAUCUCAUUUGUGAUUUUGACUUGCAUAUCAAAUGCACAGAAAUAAUGCCAACAAUUUCUUAUAAAGGUCAUCAUCACCAGCUAUUUUUCUUGGAGAAUAUAGACAUUGAGUGCAACUUCAAUCUUCACCAUGUGUGUGGUCCAUUACCCUGUACCAUUAAACAUGAAUGCCACAUAGAUCCCAUCAUCCUCACAGAUUCUCCUUGCGAAGAUGAUACCUAUCAGUUUUACUGCGAUGCCUGCGAGAAGGAAAGAGACCCUCGGUUAUCUAUCUAUCACUGCAAAGAGUGCCACUUCAUAACUGAGAUUAAAUGUGUCAUGUCUGAGAUUAUCCUUACACUAUUGGGAGAAUAUGGAGAAGUGGAAUUGAAGACUCCGUAUAGAGGAAUGAAAGGAAAGGUCACUAGCAAAAAAUUAAAGGUGACAGAGAUGGAGCAAAAAGAAGAGCAAAACAGCGAGAAACAAGUACUGGAACAGGAGGACAGCCCUGUUUUAUCUUUGCAGGAUAUGUUAAUGUCUUUCAGUGAAGAGGACAAGAUGCAAGUGAAUCGUGUCUUAGAAGUUCACAGAAGGGAGAUGAUAAAGGCUAAAGAGAUAUCCUCCACUAGCCAUAGAGAAGACAGCAAUGACAAUCUAGAAGUUUCCCUGUUCUCGGAUGGAGCAUAUAAACAUUUUAUAGAAAUUCUUGAUUCGAAGUGUUCUUCUUUGACACAUCAAGAUCAGAAUGAACUUUGUGUGGAGAUGCUUGGUCGUUUGACAAAGUCUGAAGAAGAUGAAGAGUUCGCGAAAUUAAGGGAUAUCUUGAUUAUGGAAAAUCUGACUCCUAUUCUGCAAGACUUGUUUGACAAAUAUGGAGACAUCAGUGUAGAAUAUUUUUCAAAUCUGCGAGUUAAGUUGUAUUUCAUUGUCAUGCUAUUUGGGACUGUAUAUAGCAUGCGAAAAACCAGGAUCAUUGACAUCUCUGAAAAUCAGCUUCUCACUUGGUGGUACUUUCUGAAAAUUUCGCAGCUUUCAGGAUUGAAAGUUCAGUUUGUCUUGGAUCGCUUAGAGAAAGUCACCCAUGCCUACUUCGGACUUCAGGUUAGAAACAAGGUUGACAAUACCAUGGCAGAAAUUGAUAGAGAAAUGACAGAUAUUUCAAAAGAAAUGGAGGAAUUAACAAAGAAAUUUGAGGCACUAAAGGGGAAACGUGAUAGUAUAACAUCAGCAGAGUCCUCAAAAUCCAGAUUCAUAGAAGACUGCUUGGAAAAAGCUACAGACCCGAAGUGGUGGCCAGCAGGUGCAGGUCUACUUUAA